AAAGAAUUGGGCUGUUGGCUUCUAUUUGUGUUGUACAUCUUCCAAAAACUUUUAACUGAAGAGUUUGUGCACUGCAAUUUUUUCCACAGAGUUGGAAUUUGAAGCAGUGUUUUCAUUUCUUCAAGAAAAAUAUGGUACCUCUAAGCCUAACUUCAUCAAUAUGCCUAAAUAUAUAUUUUUUUAUAUGGGGAGAAAGUGUGCGAGGUAAUUGCGUACAAUUUUCUACCAUGGAUUCUUCAGCGAUUAAUAUUCUUGAAGAAUUAUCCAAUAAAGGAAGCAAAAGUAACCCUAAUGAAACUGGACACAAGGAAAAUUGUGGUGAAUCAUGUUCAGUUCAAACUAAAAUUACACGAGAAGAGAAACAUUUCAUGUGUAGGAAUUUGCAGAGUUCCAUUGUUUCCUAUACAAGGAGCACCAAAAAACUACUCAGAAACAUGAUGGAUGAACAGCAAGCUUCUUUGGAUUAUCUAUCUAAUCAGGUGAAUGAGCUUAUGAAUAGAAUCCUUCUUUUAAAUACAGAAGUUUUCAGAAAAUAUCUGGAUCCCUUUCCCCAUAGACCAGUUCAGGCACAUGGUUUGGAUUGCACUGAUAUUAAAGAUACAAUUGGCACUGUAACAAAAACCCCAAGUGGUUUGUACAUAAUACACCCUGAAGGCUCCAAUUACCCUUUUGAGGUAAUGUGUGACAUGGAUUAUAGAGGAGGUGGAUGGACCAUGAUACAGAAAAGGAUCAAUGGAGUAAUUGAUUUCCAAAGGCUGUGGUGUGAUUAUCUGGAUGGAUUUGGAGAUCUUUUAGGAGAAUUUUGGCUAGGAUUAAAAAAAAUAUUUUAUAUUGUAAACCAAAAAAACACCAGCUUUCUGCUACUUGUGACACUGGAAUCUGAAGAUGAAACAUCUGCUUAUGCAUCAUACGAAAACUUUUGGAUAGAAGAUGAAGCAAAUUUUUUUAAGAUACACUUAGGACGUUAUUCAGGAAAUGCAGGUGAUGCAUUCCGUGGUUUCAGAAAGGAAGAUAAUCAAAAUGCAAUGGCUUUCAGCACCUCUGAUGUUGAUAAUGAUGGAUGCCGUCCAACAUGCAUGAUUGGUAGUCAGUCAGUCAAAAGUUGUAGUCACUUUAAUAAUAAGACAGGUUGGUGGUUCAGUCAGUGUGGCUUAGCAAAUCUUAAUGGUGUUCAUCAGUAUCCCGGAAAGUUGCUCACAUCUGGAAUUCACUGGGGUACAUGGGUUAAAAACAAUUCAUGGGUCAGACUCAAAUCUGUUUCAAUGAAAAUACGAAGAAUUUACAAUCCACUUUUCAAAUAGUUAACCAUAAAACAAUAAUAUAUUAUUCUGCACAAAAUAUAAUACUAUUAUUUUCA